AUGUUAAAACUACUGUAUAUAUUGUUAUUCUUGCCAAUUGGAAUUAUUGCUCCACCGCCUGUUGAAAAUCGAAAAGUUGAAAAAAUCGAAUUUGGACCGCAUUUAGAAGGUGUUCCAAUUGAAAGAGAUGGAGAUAUUAAUAUAAAUUUUAGACAAGAAAUAAUUUUGAAUGAAAGUGAAACGAUUAAAAAUCCGAAAGAUACUGAAAAAGCUAUUAGAAAUAUGUUCAAUUCAACGGAUACAAAUUUGGAUGGAUUUUUAUCGACAGAAGAAUUGGAGGAAAAAAUUCAGAAAAACUUGAAAGAACAUUUGUCGAAAAGUAUGGCCGAAGCUGUUGAGAAAUUCAAAAUUAUUGAUGAAAAUGGAAACGGGAAAGUGACAUGGGAAGAAUUUUUGCCACAUUUUGCGAGUGACGAAGGAGAUGAACAUAAAGAUGAAAAUGGAAAACAUGUUAUGAAUAAAGAUGGUAAGAUUAUUUGGAAAGUAGGAACUUUAAAAAAUUUGGAAUCGGAAAACAUUUUUUCAAAAAAAUUGGAUCACUUUCAAACCUUUCCUUUUCAAACUCAGAACCUUAUAGAUUACUGUAGAUUUUUCUAUUUUUUGAAUAAUUUUUUUCAGAUGCAGUUCGAUUGGAAGAUGAGAAAAAGAAGUUUUGAGAAUUCGGAUGAUAAUAAUGAUGGAGAAUUGAGCAGUGAAGAAUGGCUUGCGUAAGAUUUUUUUUUCAAAAAGAAAAAUGCCAUAAUCUAAUUUUUUUUCUAGUUUCCUUCAUCCCGAACACAGUCGACGUGGACUUUUUAGUCUUGCUGAAGAUAUAAUUCGAGUUUAUGAUCGAAAUAAUGAUACAAUGAUAUCUCGAGAUGAAUUUGUAAAUGGAGUUCCUGGUUCUGUUGAAGAGGAAAAUGUAGAGUUCCAAAAAAUGGAAAAAGAAGAAAAAGUUCGGAGAUUAAGAGAAUUUGACAAUGAUAUUGAUAUUGAUAAAGAUGGAAAAGCGACAUUUUCGGAGAUUUUCGAAUAUGUUAAUCCAAAAAAUGUGAGACAAGUGAAAAGUGAAGUGGCUGAGAUUAUGUUGAUUGCUGAUGUUAAUCAAGAUGGAAAAUUGUCAUUGACUGAAUUAUUGGAUAGAGAUUGGCUUCUUAUGUCAACUGCUUUGAUUUCGGCGUCGAAUCGAUUACAUGAUGAAAUGUGA